AUGACAAUUAUUUCGUCCAGUCCCCCUCGCUCUGUGUGUUUUAGAUACAUUGCAGACAUUCCACUAUGGACGAAAGAAAAACCAUUUGUCGUUGACCAGAUUGAGAAAGCACAAGGAGAAUCAAUUUCAAACAUUGAAUAUGAAGACCAUGAAACAGAAAGUCUGUAUGAUCUCCGUGGUUCUGAAUCCCAACUUGACAUCUAUGAGCACUCCUUUCAGUUUUUCAACCGCCCAACUGAGUUGAUCAAACUGCCCGAAGAAGAAAUGAUGGUUCCCUAUGCAGAGCAUGUAAAUGAUGUUCUGGGUGAUAUUUUCAAAACCGACCAUGUCUUCACCUACGACCUCCGUUUUCGAGAGAAUCGCACUUUCUCCGGGGAUGAGAGCUUAUCGACCAGCCGCCGAGUGCCAUCUCCAACUGUUUCUAUUGUUCAUGGCGAUCAUACGAGAGAAGGCGGCUGGAAUCGAAUUGCACGAACCCUGAGCGAGGAAGAACUGGCUGAGUAUCAGUCGGGGCGUUGGCGAGCCCGAAUUGUCAAUGUGUGGCGAUCGAUACUUCCAGUCGUGGAAGACAGUCCUCUGGCAUUUCUUGACCCAAGUACAGUGAACGAGAAAGACUUACUUGAGGUAGACCGAGUUUCUGCUGUCAGCUAUGGGACAAUCUACAAUAUCAAAUACAACCCAAGCCACAAAUGGUAUUGGCUUAGCAAGCAGACAUCUGAGGAGAUCGCAGUCUUCGUUUGUUUUGACUCGGACCCUCCAGAGAGAAAGUUCAAUUUUUGUCCUCACUCUGCGUUCACCGAUCCUCAGACUAGAGCGGACGUACCUUUUCGCCAAAGCGUGGAAACCCGUAGUAUUGUUUUUACGCGUCUUUGA